GCCCCCUGUUGUGGCCAGGCAGCUGCUCAGGUUGUGGAUCUCGCAGGCCGGCCGCAGCGGCGAGAAUAUAAGUGGUGCGAACUAUGAGCAUAUGAUACACGAGGUUUUACAGCAGGUCUUCCGCAGUGGUUUUUCUCGGAUUCUCCUUGCGGGGAGAACUCAAGACUCUCCAGAAAGGGACCGAUUGAGCAGAUGCCAGCAAAAAGUUGCAGAUUUGCUGCAGCUCACUGUGUCUGACGAUGCUGCAGCGCGCAUGAGAAGCAAAGGUCAUGCGCAGUCUGAGGCCGAAAUUGACUUAGUAUUCCAGGGUUCCUUCGCGAACUUUGACAGCAAAUUCCGCCAACUAGGCGAAGUCAAGGUCGAAGCCACCUGCGAAAUGGUUCAGACGGUGCUCGUGGAGAUUUGCUCUGACAGCCGCUUUGUGCCCCAGAAGCUCUACCAGAUUGAGCUCCAAAGUUGCCUCAUUGCACGGGACGGAAAGCUGGAUAACAAACCUCUUCAACCAGACACGACCGGCUUUGCUAUUGUGUUUAAUCGCGCAGCCAUACAUAUCGAGACGCGUGAGCUGGUGGAAGAACUUGGUCUUGACAAGGUCCGGAGCUUGCUCGAUAACCAGAAGCUGCACAUCGUGUACUUCCAACCAGAGGCUGUGACGCCAGCAGCAUUGAGAAUGGCGAGUCUAGGCCAUGCCUGCUACCGAAACAGCAGCGUGUGCAGUGUCCGCGAUGAGGGAGCCUGUGCCACAUAG